AUGCUGCGGUUCCUGCGCCGGACCUUUGGCCGCCGCUCCAUGCAGCGCUACGCGCGCGGCGCGGCGGGGCGCGGGGCCGCCGGGCUGGGGGACGAGCGCGACGGGGGGUUCCGGGGGGGCCCGGCCGCCGCUGCCGCCGCCCCCUCGGUGCUGCCCGCCGCGCCCGGGGGCAGCGUGUUCCCGGCCGGCGGCGGGCCCCUGCUCACGGGCGGCGCGGCCGUGCACAUCUCCGCCGCCGGCGCUGCUAAGGCCACCCUCUACUGCCGGGUCUUCCUGCUCGACGGGACCGAAGUGAGCGUGGACCUGCCGAAACAUGCCAAGGGCCAGGAUCUGUUUGAUCAGAUCGUGUACCAUUUGGACCUCGUGGAAACAGAUUAUUUUGGCCUCCAGUUCCUCGACUCUGCCCAGGUGGCGCACUGGCUGGAUCAUUCCAAACCCAUAAAGAAGCAGAUGAAAAUUGGACCUGCUUACGCUUUGCACUUCCGAGUUAAGUACUAUUCUUCAGAACCGAACAACCUGCGUGAAGAGUUUACAAGGUACCUGUUUGUUUUACAACUCAGGCAUGACAUUCUUUCUGGAAAAUUGAAGUGCCCCUAUGAAACGGCUGUGGAAUUAGCUGCGCUCUGUCUGCAAGCGGAGCUUGGAGAGUGCGAGCUUCCAGAACACACGCCAGAGCUGGUGUCUGAGUUUCGGUUCAUUCCCAAUCAGACAGAGGCAAUGGAAUUCGAUAUCUUCCAGAGGUGGAAAGAGUGCAGGGGAAAGAGCCCUGCCCAGGCGGAACUGUCCUACCUGAACAAGGCGAAGUGGCUGGAAAUGUACGGGGUGGACAUGCACGUGGUCAGGGGAAGAGAUGGCUGUGAAUAUUCUCUUGGACUGACCCCGACAGGCAUAUUAAUCUUUGAAGGAGCUAACAAAAUAGGCUUAUUCUUUUGGCCUAAAAUUACCAAAAUGGAUUUUAAAAAGAGCAAACUGACACUGGUGGUGGUUGAGGACGAUGACCAGGGCCGUGAGCAGGAACACACGUUUGUGUUCCGCCUGGACAGCGCCAGGACCUGCAAGCACCUGUGGAAGUGUGCGGUCGAGCACCACGCCUUCUUCCGGCUGCGGGCGCCAGGGAACAGCAAGUCCAGCAGAUCGGAAUUCAUCAGGCUGGGCUCCCGCUUCAGGUUCAGCGGGCGGACGGAAUACCAGGCCACGCACGGCGCCAGGUUACGCAGAAGCAGCACCUUCGAGAGGAAGCCCAGUAAACGUUACCCUUCCCGGAGACAUUCCACGUUCAAAGCGAGCAACCCGGUGAUCGCCGCGCAGCUCUGCUCUAAAGCAAAUCCUGAAGUCCAUAAUUACCAGCCUCAGUACCAUCCUAACAUCCACCCCAGCCAGCCCCGGUGGCAUCCGCACUCCCCAGGUGUCAGCUACCCGCUGCCUUCUCCAGUGCUCAGCAGCUCGGAGCGACUGCCCUUCGGCAUCGAGGAGAAUGGGGGCACCCCGUUCCCCACCAAAGUGCCGGGAAGGCACCACCACCACCACCAGCACCACCCCAGCUAUGGCCUCACGCUGACACUGGAGAGCAAAGAAGGGCCUUUGAGGUCCCCCAACUCCAGCAGCAAGUCCCUUACAAAGCUGAGUCCAGGAGCACCUGCCCUGUUCAGCGAAGCCGCUGCCCAUCUCAAGAAGCUGGAAUUGGAAACUGUGAAGGCGCCCGGGCCCUGGCCUGCUCUGCACAUCAACAUAAACAAGGCUGAGGAAAAGAAGGUUUCCGAGAAGACUCUGCAGACCCCGCUGUUGCCUUCCCCCGUGGCCGAUCACGUGAAGUGUAACAUCCUGAAAGCCCAGCUGGAGAACGCCUCCCGAGGGAACGCCCAGAUUGGAAAAGAAGAAGCAACGUUUGUAAAUAUCAAUAAGAAAACCAGUCUUCCGGACACUAAUGUAAGAAGUCCUAUUCCCAUACGUGUGGAAACUGCGCAGCCAGCCGUGGAAAAGCCGGAAAUCAAGCCGCCCCGAGUGAGGAAGUUGACAAGACAGUAUAGCUUUGAUGAAGACGACCUCCCUCCAGACCUGGCCGAGGCUGUGGGAACCACCCCAGCUACUGCCGUGAACAGCUCGUCGGCUGCCACCCAAGUCUCUGUGCCGCUGGCGUCCCCCAAGGUCCAGAAAGUCAGCUCUCCUCCGAAGUCCGAAGGCAAGGGCCCGCUGUCCCCAGGGGCCAAGAGCCCCUCUGACCGAGGCGGUGCCUUUACCUUGGAGCCAGGUGACCUUCUGAUGGAUUUCACAGAAGCCACUCCUCUGGCGGAGCCCGCCAGCAACCCUCACUGUGCCCACUCUCGCUGUUCUCCUCCACUCUCUCUCCCCAUGAAGGAAGAGACCACUGGAGUUUGCAUGUACCCUCCAAUCAAAACGAGGCUGAUAAAAGCAUUCCCGGCUGACCCCGUGAACCCGUUUCCUGACCCUUUUACCACAGGGCCACAGUUUACCGCAGACUUCAGAGACGGUAAAUUACCGUGCUGUCCUGGCCAGUCUUCCCCGCUGAUCCCAGCCGUGACCCUGAGGCCUUUGACAGAGACCGUCCCCACCGUGCAGACCGUCUACACCCCCCGGAAGCCUGUUGCUCUGGCAGCCAGUGCAGAGACGCUCCGGCAGGAACUGGAGAGGGAGAAAAUGAUGAAAAGACUGUUGAUGACCGAACUUUGAAAUUCUCCCUGAUG